AUGGAUCUAGAUCUUAUCAAGCUGGUGAACAAGCUGCAGGACACCUUCAGCAACCUCGGUACGACUAUAGGUGGGGAGCUGGAUAUGCCUCAAUUGGUUGUUGUUGGCAGUCAAUCGGCGGGAAAAUCCUCCGUUCUCGAGACAAUAGUGGGAAGGGAUUUUCUUCCUCGUGGCCAAGGGAUCGUCACACGCAGACCGCUGGUCCUCCAGCUCAUCCAUACACCCGCACCGGCUGAACCCUCACCAACCGCACCGCCGUAUACGGAAUGGGGCCAAUUUCUCCACAUCGACAAAAGAUUCACUGAUUUCAACGAAAUACGGAAGGAGAUUGAGCAGGAGACGUUCCGAGUGGCUGGACAGAACAAAGGUGUUAGCAAGCUGCCCAUAUCGCUCCGGAUAUACAGUCCAAAUGUUUUGGAUUUGACUUUGGUGGAUUUGCCUGGCCUAACAAAGAUUCCCGUAGGAGAUCAACCAAGUGACAUCGAGCGGCAAAUCCGCAAUUUAGUCCUUGACUAUAUUUCGAAACCCAACAGUGUCAUCCUUGCCGUCUCUGCCGCCAAUGUUGACAUUGCGAAUUCGGAAUCUUUGAAGCUUGCCCGCUCUAUAGACGCUCAGGGCCGACGAACGAUUGGUGUUUUGACUAAAUUGGAUCUCAUGGAUGCUGGUACUAACGCCUUGGAUAUUCUCACCGGGCGAGUGUAUCCUCUCAAGUUGGGUUUCAUUGGUGUAGUCAAUCGCAGUCAGCAAGACAUCAACUCGGAGAAGAGCAUGUCGGACGCUAGGGAAAGUGAGGAAGAAUUCUUCAAGAAUCACCAUGCGUAUAGGAAUAUAGCACACAAGAAUGGCACCAAGUAUCUUGCGAAGACCUUGAAUCAGGUCUUAAUGAAUCACAUCCGAGAUAAGCUUCCGGACAUGAAGGCACGACUGAACACAUUAAUGGGACAAGCCCAGCAAGAACUCAACUCCUUUGGGGACGCCGCCGUUUUUGGCGACAAAAAUCAACAAGGAUCUCUGAUUCUACGGCUUAUGACUCAAUUUGCACGAGACUUCGUUUCUUCCAUUGAGGGCACGAAAGUCGACAUCUCGACGAAGGAGCUUUCUGGGGGUGCCCGGAUAUACUACAUCUUCAACGACAUCUUUGGUCACGCCCUCGCCUCCAUUGAUGCCACCCACAAUCUGGAUAACCAAGAUAUCAGAACCGCCAUCCGUAACUCAACAGGACCCAGACCUAGCUUAUUUGUCCCCGAAGUGGCGUUUGAUUUGCUGGUAAAACCGCAGAUCAAGCUGCUGGAAGCUCCGAGUCUAAGAUGUGUUGAGCUGGUUUAUGAGGAGCUCGUGAAGAUUUGCCAUAAUUGCACGAGUGAUGAACUUCAACGAUUCCCUCGCCUACACGCUCAGCUGAUUGAAGUGGUUUCUGAGCUUCUUCGGGAACGACUCGGUCCAACAUCCGAAUAUGCGCAGAGCUUGAUUGAGAUUCAAGCUGCAUACAUCAACACCAAUCACCCGGCAUUCAUCUCUGGUUCCGCUCUUGCUGCACAAACGACUCCACCCCCUAGACCACAACUUCCGCAACGACCGUCAUCUACAGAGCCCAUCAAUGGUUACGGACCUUCACCAGAGGACGAAGAUGAGGGCCUAUCAGACGACCUCAAUGGCGCGAUCAGCACUAAUGGUAUUCGCGACGGGCGUUCUGUCUCUUCAACCCUUCAUGAUCGCUCACGGACCAAUACCUCAGCUAACGCCACAGCCGCCGCCGCUAUGGGCAUGGGCACCAGUCACCACAGCGGCGUAAGCGGGUCGCCGUCCACCAAUACUGCUCGUGAAACGUUCUUGAACUACUUCUUUGGUCAAAACGGCCCUGGGCCGAUUGCUGGUUCUAGUGUUGACAGGGCGCCUACACAUGGUCACGGACAUGGACACUCGCGUCUGGAGCCAGCGGCCCAUUUCCAACCCAUUGGCAGGGACGUAUCUGGCGCUGAUACUUCCAUGACUGGACUCAUGGCGGGCAAGCGUGGUAUUGAUGGGAACAAUGCAGCGUACGAUAUGAAGAGUCUAGGCAAGCACAUUGAGGCUGUUUCCGGAGAUGGAUCGCAGUUGACCAUGCGAGAGGAAAUGGAGACUUCUCUUAUCCGGUCGCUUAUCGUCUCCUACUUUGCCAUCGUACGGCAGAGCAUCCAAGAUCUCAUUCCAAAAGCCAUCAUGCACUUCCUCGUCAACCAUACAUCGCAGCAGGUACAGAAUCGGUUGGUAUCGGCGCUAUACAAACCGGACCUUUUCGCCGAUAUGCUAAAUGAAGACGAAGCCCUUGUUGCGGAACGGACUAGGGUCAAAGCACUUCUGGAUGCAUACAAAGAAGCUUUCAAGACCCUGUCGGAUGUCAGCUUGAAGUCAUCAUGA